AUGUUUAUUAUAUUCAAUAAAAUUUACAUAAUAGCCACUUGCUGUUUGAUAAUUUUAAGCUACAUAACACCCACAACGCUCGCAGACUGCCUACAACAAUUCAGAACAUCAAAAUGCACACCCUGUCAAAACACUCUAUUCUCACUCUCAACUCACACACAACUAAACGAUCCAGAUUCCCCAUUGAUUUGUCAACCGUAUCUACGACUGACAAAUUUCAUUGCCGACAAUCAUAAAACAUCCGGGAAAAAAUCUGCAGGGAUAUCGGUAAAGGAUAAAAAUGAUGAUUUGAUUUUGAUAAGGGAAACCGAUACAUUUUGUUCGUUGCCUAAUUCGUGUGAUUCUACAACCGCGGAAAAUGGAUGGCAAAAAAUUCAAGCGGACUGUAAGCAUGAAAUUCAGAAUGCGUAUGAUGAAACUGGAAAAACUAUCAUUUUUUUAUUUGGAGUUUAUUAUUUUGCCGUUCCGGAAUAUCAGGCUAUUUGUACCAAAAGUUCCUCGGGUGGUUAUAGCUGGGAUCAGAUAAGUCUCCAAAGUCACCAAUACAUAGAAAAAAAUUACGCACAACCAAACCAAGUGGUCUACACAACCGACUACGAAUUUCCACCCGAGACACACAUCGACUAUUCAUUCAAAAGCCAAAACAAGAUUGAUUAUUCAGCCAAAACUCCGUCGUCAAUAAUAUGCAGCCAAGAUUUCUUAAUACUUGCCAAAAUAUAUUUCGAUUUUGUAAAUGCAAAUCCGCCUGAUCUAGCAUUCCAGCCGAUACUCUCGUUGUUGGCGCAAUUGAAGAGUAACAUCACGGCAGCCAACUGUAGCAGCUUAUUUGAUUUUGGAGGGGACAAAGGAUUGUUGGAGAAUUAUGGAAAUGGGGAUAAGAAUAAGAGUUCGAAUGUCAGCCCAGAUUGGGGAAAUCAACCGAUAUUAAGUGGAAAGAAUAAAGAGAAGGCUAACGGAAAUAAUAAUAGUUCUGACACUAGUAGUAACGCCUAUUCUUGGACCCGAAGAAAUGUUGAUAAAGAUAGAACAACGCCUAGUUUAGAAACAAUGUUCAGAUGGAAUAGUGAUGAUACAUCAAUGUUUAAGUGA